AUGAUGGCUGCUACUCUAGAAUCCUACCGGGAAACAAUCGAGGCAGGGAUCCCACUAGGUCGUAUCGGGACUCCCGAGGACGUCGCGGGUGCUUGUCUAUUCUUGAGCAGCCGGGCUGGGUCGUAUGUCAACGGCGCCACCAUCGCUCUCGAUGGCGGAAGUGCGAUCGCCGCCAAGCUUUGA